AUGGACCCCGCGGUGCCCAAGGCCACCUUGAAGGUGCUGGGACUGUGCGCAGUGCUGCUGGUGCUGGUGGCGGCAGUGACGGUCUCGGUGGCGGUGAUGGUGUGGCGCUCGGAGGCGGUAGGGAAGCUGCGGGGCUGCCGGGAACAGGCGGCCAACGAGAGCCGGGAGCUGGGGAACCGCGUGGCCGAGCUGGAGCGGGAGCGAGCCCGGCUGCAGCGCGCGGCGGCAGCGGGUGCGCGGGCAGAGGAUGCUCUGCGGCGGGAGAUUGCCCAGGCCCGCGGCGAUGGCAAGAAGCUCAACGCCAGCCUGGCGUCCUGCCGGGAGCGGGCGGCCAGGCUGGAGGCCAACGCCACGGCACUGCGGGACGAGGUGCUGGCCCUGCGGCGUGAGCGGGCUGAGCUGGCCCGCGGCAAGGCGGCUCUGCAAGAGGAGCUGGCGCGGGGCGAGGAGCAGGUGCUGGGGCUGCGGCAGCGGCUGGAGGAGGCGGCGGAGCAGCGGCGAGCGCUGCGGGCACGCGGGGAGCAGUGCGAGGCCCGGCAGAGAGAGCUCGAGGCCACCCUGUAA